AGCUUUCAAUAUGGCAGGGCCAGCAACAGCGUCGACCGCGAGUCCAGCAGCUUCGGACACAAUGCCUGAGCGUCUGCCCAAGCACAUCCGUGCUGUCAACGAUUCGAAGACGUACAAGGUUCACGAGCGAACAUUGAUCAUCUGUCUGGACGGCACCGGCGAUAAAUUCGAUGCGGACAACAGCAACAUCGUCCAUCUGGUCGGCUGCUUGAAGAAGGACGACCCAACUCAAGUAACUUACUACCAGACUGGCAUUGGCACGUACGAUGGCGGAGGCUUGAGUAAUGGUUUCAAUGCCUCUCUGGACAUGGCCGUCGGUAGCGGUCUUGGAGUGCAUAUCCGGGAUGCGUACAAGUUCCUCAUGCAAGCCUACAACGAAGGCGAUAAAAUCUGUCUCUUUGGCUUCAGUAGAGGGGCCUACACGGCGAGAUGUCUCGCAGGCAUGAUCCACAAAGUCGGACUUCUCCCUGCCCACAAUGUCGCCCAGGUAGAAUUUGCAUAUCAAUUCUACAAGGACGACUCCGCCGAGGGAUGGAAGAUGUCGCGCGAUUUCAAGCGCACAUUCUGCAUCGAGGUCAACGUCCACUUCAUCGGCGUGUUCGACUCUGUCGCCAGCGUGGGAUUCAUCCCGAGGAAGCUUCCGCUCAGCGCGACUCCCACCAACAAGCCUCUUUAUUUUCGGCACGCCAUCGGUCUGGACGAGCGAAGAGCGAAGUUCAAGGUCUCUCGAUACCAGUUUCGGGAAAGUGUCGAGUCACAAGAGCCUGGAGGCGAAGACAAGUGGAAGGUCGCCGCCCUGCAUGAGCAGUCUGUCAAGCAGCCGAUCAAGCAGUCGGGCGCCAAUACAGGGGCCGAAUUCAACGGAACUCCUGCCAAUGGUUCGGCACACCCCGGAAAACGGCAUCAACCUGUGACGGCGCAGACUGACAGUCUGGAGGUAUGGUUUGCAGGUUGUCAUGCUGACGUUGGAGGAGGUGCGGUCAAGAAUGAGGUCCGCCACAAGCUAUCGCAGAUACCGCUUCGAUGGAUGAUUCGGCAAUGCUUUGAAUGCGACACCGGAAUCAUCUUCAACACCCAUCGGCUCGCGGAGGAGGGAUUGGAUGUCCACACAUUGUGGCCUCGAUACAUUGCUUUGGGACGGCCCACCGCACCGCCACCGAAGCACCUCAUGGAGAAGUACAGGGCCGGCGAGAUUGGCCCGAUCAGUAGGAGGACCACGGCAUUGGAGGAUGUAGGCGAAGACGACAACGAUGACCGUGACGAAGGCUCGUUCCAGUUGAGAAUCUGGGAAGACGACGAAAAGCAAGUCCUCACGAAUCUUUACACGCCGGAGCAGACGGAGGACUUCUUUGAUGCCAUAUCACCCUUGAACGACCAGCUAAAGGAUGCUAAGGGAUGGUGGGCGCUUGAACUGUGGCCGAUAAAGGUGAGGGUGCAACCAGAGGGAUCCGAACAGUGGGUGAAGAAGGUACGGAUGAAUCUCGGUCGAUAUCGUCCUGCGCAAGAGCUGGCACCCAAUCUGCACUGGACGGUACAGCAGAGGAUGGAGGAGAAAGGAUACCAGGUGAAGACGCGGACCAGCAAGAACGCGAAGUGGAGGAUCGUGGUGUGA